AUACCAUCGCAUUUUCCAUCCCGUCUUCGGCCAACCGCUCGCUUGUGUGUCUCACGAUGCCUCGCAACAGGAACGUACCACCGGCGCCGUCGAACCACCCAGUAUCGCUUCUCUAUUCCUCUCCUGAGAAAUGGCGGGUGAGACAGGAUCCAUCUCGGUCUCUCAAGCCCAGGCGAUGGUGAUGGUCGCUUUUGCCGCGACUGCAUAUUACAAUACCAUUGAGACAUUUUUCUCCAUCUUCACCACGUUCAAACGUCGCCAAGGGAGAUACUUUUGGAGCAUGAUCGUUGCUAAUACGGGCAUCAAUAUUAACGUCACCGCGUUCGUCCUUCGAUACUUUGGCUAUUACCACCAAACCGUCACCGCUUCCAGUAUCAUGAUUCCCUUUGCUUGGUAUGCCAUGGUCACAGGCCAGGCUAUUGUCCUGUGGUCACGGCUUCAUCUUGUUGUUCACAGCCAGCGCAAAAUUCGUCUAAUCCUGACAAUGAUCGUAUUCAACGCAGCCACCAUGCAUGUCCCAGAGACGGUGAUAUUCGUUCUCGCUAACACGAAGCCGAAAGAAUGGACCAUGCCGUUCAAAAUAUACGAGAAAGUCGAGCUGGUUGUCUUCACCAUCCAAGAAACGAUUAUCGCCGCUGUAUUCCUUUACGAAGGCUACAAAAGUCUCAAGCCUCUCAGCGUGAUAAAACCGAAAGCGGUCACCAGCAUGGUUCGUCACCUAGGAGCUCUUUUCGCCGUCGUUUUCAUUCUCGACACAGGCCUCAUAAUCCUCGAAUACAACGACAAAUUCGAAGUGCAGACCAUGUGCAAACCGUUCGUUUACAGCGUCAAGAUCAAAAUGGAGUUUGUAGUUCUGAACAAGCUGCUGGCGUUCACGCGGAUGAGUACAUGCAACUGCCGAGGUCCCGAGACAAUACCUUCAAACACCUUGCCUGACAGCAACACUCGUACGGCUGUAGGAGGAAACUCGAACGAUCGGGCGACACCGGCGCUUCCGUCCGUGGAGCAGACGGGGGGGUCGCUAUCACCAAUUUUGCAGACAAUCCAAGAAGAUCGCAUAUUCGACGGGAAGGGUUCGCCGACAAGCACGCGGGAUAGACGUCGGCUGAAAGACAGCGAAUCCGAGGCCAUCACAGCGGAGACAACCUCGCCACUUUCCACACGUGCAAAAACCUCCCAAAGCAAUGGUUGAGUAACGAACUAGGCAAUACGAACUCAGCUCAUCACUGAAUACCUUCCCCAAAGGCAUCCUGUGCAAUUCCGUCGUCAAGCUUCUGCGUCGGCAUCAUGGCUAUUCAUAUUUGUCGGUACAUAUCCACCAUACAUCAUAUGGAUCUCCAAACCAGAGCCCAACCAUGUGAGAGAUACAAAAGUCAUCAGGUGCGGCGCUGGUAAAAAGCCCCCCCUCUAGCGUGAGGAGAACUAUACCCCAUCCAGACCUUGGCUUAUGAGAGCGGAGAAAGGUCUGCGUAGAGCUUAUAGAGUUGCCAGAACGAGGUUCUUGACACCGGUAAGAUGGCACUAGUUUAAUCUGGGACGACCCAGGCGUAUAUACCGCAAC